AAUAAUCUACCCUAAGAGUUAGAAUAAUGAAAGUGAGGACUGGACUUGGAAGUCUGUUGGCGUUCGCUGGUGACUCCUUCUUCAUGAACCUUGGACAUAAGGCGGAGAGUAAACGGGUUUUUCUGUACAUCAAACGAGGCCAGACAGGAAAAGCUCUUAAAUUCGUCUUCGGCUGAUGGAGAGAACAAAACAGAUUACAGAUUGUUUUAAAACAACCAAGAGUGUUCAGUUUCAGAUAGAAACGUUGGUGCGCACUGCAGUACGGAAGUAGUAGGUUACAAUAGUUGUGCUGUGUGCAUAACUGACUUCGAAUUUUGUUUUGUCUAUCCACAGUCGUAUACCUUCCAGUACACCGCUUCAUGAAAUACAGUGCCGGUACUAUCCUGUGAGCAUUAACGUUCUUCGCAGCCUUUGACAUAAUAGGGCCAGAUUCAGUAAUAGUCAGUGACAAUCGAAAUCAACCACUACAGCUGCAAGCAAGGCUAUACAAUAUUGUAAAACUUUAAGCUUGAUAAAAACUGUCCAUUAUGGCCGGCACAGUCGAUCCUGAAGCCCAGCGAACAGCCCUCAUGGCAUUGUCGGUUAUUUUUAUAAUAGGAAUUCUUGUUGGUAAUUUUGCUUUGCUAUACAUAAUUCUCCGUAGAGGAUGCCCACUUAUGAAUACGCGGAAAUUCCUAAUUUUUACUCUUGCGGGAGGUGACAUACUCCUGGCAUUGUAUUCCUUGAUCAUAUUUGCUCGUAAGAUUUUUGAAAAACACUUCAGACUAAACUGUGAAACAGAAUUUGUUUCCAUGGUGUACUGGAAUAACUACCUUCCGUUUGUGUAUGGAGUUGGUUUACUUGUGCUCUGUGGGGAACUCUGUUUUCGGAGAAAACUUCGCUCUACAAUUUCCAAUCCUUGUUUAGCUUCCAUAUUGGUGGCAGCAGUGCCUUGGAUUGUCGGACUAAUCCUGAUUUUGCCCUUAACUUUAGCUGGGUUUGAUACACAGACUUGUCGUUAUGACGACUCUAUGACAAUUGGCCGCCUUCGAGCUGUGGUUGUCAUUAGCAUGGUUCUUCCAUCCGUCCUGGCUGUUAUCUUUGCUCUUAUAACCAACAGAAUGAAAAUCGAGGCAAUCGCUGAUGGUUAUGACACUCCCUCUCCUGAAGGCACCUUUCUUAGUGAGAUAACAACGAUGUUAAAUGCCCAAGUGUACCCACUGUCAUCUACUGAUGCAAAUGGUCAAUCCGAAGAGGACUCCACUUUCAAACAGGCCGCUUACCUUCCACAAACGAUGCCCCCUACACAAGCUGUGGCCCUAACACCAGUGAGCGCGACGCAGCCAGCCUCAGAUCAACAAGACGUGCAAGCAGCAGUCAGUAAUGAGCAAACUACCCUGGUUGUAGUUGCUUUCGUACACGCUAUUUUGACAUUGCCUUAUGCUCUCUAUACACUUAGCUACAUCAUGAACGAGGACAGGGUUGUCCUUGAUCCACUCGCAAGGGUUGUGUUAGGAAUUUUGUUACAGUGGAUGGUGCAUCUCCGCUCCAUCUUGACACCUAUAGUCUGGCUGCUCGCCGAUAGGCCUCCGAUGGAAGGGAGCGUAAAGACAGAGUAUUUAGACACAUCGCCAGUGUAAGUACAAGCCAACGUAUUCCGUGCGCAUAUACUUUUUACACAAUAUCCAAAACGGUACACCUGGACGUUAUUCUGGUUCACCAUGGACCGCCCCAUUUGACUCUGUUUCGAACAAGAUGAAUGUCUCGGAGGGAAAGGCUGUGCGCGCACUUGAUUGUAGCGAGACUUGUGUUUUACCCUUCUUUUGCACUUCCGUGGUGAACACCAGCACAGAGAAGUUUUAAAAGUUUAGAGAGAGAAAAGAGCCGCGGCCAUGACAGUACAUGGUCUAGAAAACCCUAUCCAUUCCCCACUGCUAAGCUGUUCCCUCGUGUACGCUAGUCCACGUAACACAGUGGUUUCUCCGAACACCGCCUUUACGUGAAUCGUUUGCUGGGCAAACAAGUUGAAGGCGAAGGACGCUACCCACCAAAUAAAGGCACAUUUCUCUGAAGCAGACAACCCCCCCCCC